AUGUUACAUAUUUUAGAUGCGGCAAUAUCCAUAUCAGGUUCAAUAAGGACAACAACAAGUAUUGAUGCAACACCAAAUACGACCAACUUGAUUGAUAGUACAUUUAUUCAUUCAAAUACUACUGCUACAACAACAGCAACAACGUUAUUAUACAACAGCAACAGUGCCGUUUUCAGCUCUUCAACAAAAACAACAACAACUAGUAGCCAAUCAAAUUCUUCUAUUGCAACUAAUAUCUGCCACAACUUAACAUUCAACCUAUCUUUUAAAUAUGAAUAUUCGGGUUUCGCCAUUUUUUUGAGUGUUGGUGAAUUCAAUGGUGAUAAUUAUACGGAUUUAGUCGUUUCAAAUACUGAAGACUCGUCUCUCAACGUUGUUCUUAGCUAUGGAAAUGGUCGCUUUGAAUCUCAAAUUACUACUGAGCUUGAAACGGCAAUGUCUGGCGCAGCUGUCGUUGACUUCAAUGGGGAUAGCCACACAGACUUAGCUAUCAGUUUCUCAGCAAUUGCUGACGCGAAUCUUGUUAAUGUUUUUCUCGGCUAUGGCAACGAGACUUUUGUACAAAUGAAUUCAUUUGUCGCAGGAAUCCUUUCAUUUGCAAUCGUUUCGGUUGAUUUUAAUCACGACAAUCACAGUGACGUGGCUGUCGCAAAUUAUGCUGGUCAAGCUGUGACCGUACAUAUGGGGAUUGGCAACGGUACGUUUCUGAAUCGUCGUACAUAUAUAUCGUCAAGUAGUCCAGCAGCAUUAGCUACAGAUGAUUUUAACCAUGAUCAACACAUAGAUUGGAUAGCUACUUAUUGUGAAAAUAAUUCGAUCAGUGUGUUACUGUUUGCUGUCGGUGAUUUCAAUAGGGACAAUCAUCUUGACAUAAUUUUCAGUCUAUUUGAAUUAGACUGUUUUAAUAUAAUGUUCGGUGAUGGCUCUGAUGCGAUGCUUGAAUCACGACUGUUCGAUAUAAAUCAACAACCAUGUGGAAUAGCUCUCUAUGAUUUGAAUGACGAUAAUCGAUUGGAUUUCGUUCGUGCGCAUAACUUUAUGGACGCGAGCGUACAUUUGAAUACAUGCUUAUAA